UCCCGUCGGGUUAGCUGAACGUUGAUUGGUCAGAGCUCUUCUAUGGAGUUGGCGCCAUUGCGAUCCUUCGUGCUGUCUUCGUAGUGCGGCUCCCCAAAAAAAUCACAAAUAUUUUCAGUAUUAGUGUUUUGACAGCGACGCGAUGGCCGAUAAAGACGCUGCGUUUGAUGAUGCUGUUGAGGAAAGGGUAAUCAAUGAGGAGUACAAGAUCUGGAAGAAGAACACUCCAUUCCUCUAUGACCUGGUCAUGACUCACGCCCUGGAGUGGCCCAGCCUCACAGCACAGUGGCUUCCAGAUGUCACCAGGCCAGAGGGAAAGGACUACAGUGUGCACAGACUGGUUCUGGGAACACAUACUUCUGACGAACAGAAUCACCUUGUGAUUGCCAGCGUUCAGCUCCCAAAUGACGAUGCCCAGUUCGAUGCAUCACACUAUGACAGCGAAAAAGGAGAGUUUGGAGGGUUUGGAUCAGUAAGUGGAAAAAUAGAGAUUGAAAUAAAGAUCAACCAUGAAGGAGAAGUGAACAGAGCCCGUUACAUGCCUCAGAAUCCUUGCAUUAUUGCUACAAAGACUCCUACCAGUGAUGUAUUGGUCUUCGAUUAUACAAAACACCCCUCUAAACCUGAUCCUUCUGGAGAAUGCACCCCAGAUCUGCGCCUGAGAGGCCAUCAGAAGGAGGGCUAUGGCCUUUCUUGGAAUCCAAACCUCAGCGGCUCUCUUCUUAGUGCUUCUGAUGACCACGUAAGAACUAUCUGCCUGUGGGACAUCAGCACAGUGCCCAAGGAGGGAAAGAUUGUAGAUGCCAAGACCAUCUUCACAGGCCACACUGCUGUGGUGGAGGACGUUUCCUGGCACCUGCUCCAUGAGUCACUGUUUGGAUCUGUGGCCGACGACCAGAAGCUUAUGAUAUGGGACACACGGUCCAACAACACCUCCAAACCCAGCCAUGCAGUGGAUGCCCACACUGCUGAGGUCAACUGCCUGUCUUUUAAUCCCUAUAGCGAGUUCAUCCUGGCCACGGGCUCCGCAGAUAAGACUGUUGCUCUGUGGGACCUUAGGAACCUGAAGCUGAAGCUACACUCAUUUGAGUCUCACAAAGACGAGAUCUUCCAGGUUCAGUGGUCCCCUCAUAAUGAAACUAUUCUGGCAUCCAGCGGCACAGAUAGACGACUCAACGUCUGGGACCUCAGUAAGAUUGGAGAGGAGCAGUCUCCAGAAGAUGCUGAGGAUGGUCCUCCUGAGCUGCUGUUCAUCCACGGUGGACACACAGCUAAGAUUUCAGACUUCUCGUGGAAUCCCAAUGAGCCGUGGGUCAUCUGUUCUGUGUCAGAGGACAACAUCAUGCAAGUUUGGCAGAUGGCUGAAAACAUCUACAAUGACGAGGACCCAGAAGGUGCUGCAGAUUCAGAAGUCCAGGCAUGAGUCCAGGCUUGAUGUCUUUACCGGCUUGUUAAAAAUUGAUCUAUUUUCCAGCUCUGGGUUCAUAAGCGGUAAUGUCUUUUUAAACAUACAUUUUGGACAACAGUGUUUUUGUAGAAAAUUUAAGAAUUCAACGCUGCUUUGUCUUCAACUUGUGAAGUAUUUAAAAUAAGUCUGUAUUGGUCCUGGAAUUUUAGAUCCUUUUUUUUUUUUCCAAUCUCCCAUGUUUCUGGUCCUGUCUUGUCUUAAACCACCACAGACGUUUGUAUUAUCGUUCAGGUUAAUGGUUCCAUUCUUAACUUUGAUUAGUUGUACUGAAAAUAAAGAUCAAUUUUUAUUAGAAUUGUACAUACUUAGGUUUUGUCUUUUUUGCUUGAUAUGCGUAGUAUAAUUUUUUCCAUAUUGUCGCUUGUCUGUUUCAUUUGUUUCUUUGCUGCAUCUUGUGUACUUAAGUAUAUUCAUAAAAAUAUUUACACAAUG